AUGAAUUCAAUUAUUUCUAAUGUGGCAGCAAAAUCACGAAGUUUAAUAGAAAACGUGAAUACCAAUCUUGUCGAAUGUUUCAACAAUGUCAUUGCGAAGUUUAUAGGAGGAAAGCGAAUAAAUUUUGCCUUGAAACGAGGGUACCAAGCAAGGUGUAAUGCUGCAGUCGUAAAAUUUAAUGAAAAGUCAGCCAUAUCGCAUGUGCAUAACACAUUAACAAAUAAAAAUCGUCCCGAAAUGGGACUAACUGUAGUUGUGGAAAAGAAAAGGGAAGAAGCUCAGAAAAGAAAAAACAACUCAGAACGUCCAGUUAGAAAGAAAAUCAGGAAAUUGACAGACGCGAAACAAAAACAAAAUGACUAUGGCCCCGCCAGUUUAGAUCCGGAUAUGUCCCAGUCUGAACUAGAAGUAGCUAAAGAAUAA